AUAUGAUAAACCCGAUAAACAUUCUACGAAGACGCCAAUUCUUGUUCAGUCUACACCAGACAUGGUUUUGAUAACUAUAUUCAAUACACUAAACUGUACACUCUGAAUAUCUACUACAAUUGUAUUCGUUGAAGUGAGCAUAUUUCUGGGUUUUACUGUAUCGAAUUAGGAUGGACAGAUAACAAGGACGGACCCCACGUUUUCUGAAAGACUGGUUUCGAGAUGGAGGGUACAACUGUUUGCAAUUAUGACGUUUUAAGGUGCUUAAAAGACAAAAUAAGUAAAUCGAGAAACGUUGAAGAAAUUGAACAGUUGAUUCAGAAAGACAAAUUGCCAAGAACGUAUGAGCCUUCGAAGGAAGAAAUAGAAAAAGAUAAGAAAAGACGUGCAUGUAACCGAAAAUCGGCACUUGAAAGCAGGGAACGACAGAAAAAAGAAUACAAGGAAAACCGAAAGCGCUUGGAGAAAUUAAAGGAAUACAAUUGUGAUAUAAAGGGAAAGUUGAAACGGAUGAAAAACAACAAGAACCAAUAUAUGACUUUGUUAUCAGCGUGGAUGACCGAAGAAGAGAUACGGGCAACGCUUGAAACAAAGCUGCAGACGGACUCGUUUGACUUCUUGCUUUCAACGGACAAUUCUCGGGAUCAGUGCAGCACGCAGUCAAGUACAUCGGGUAACGAGCUUUCGACAGAGGACACUGACAGUGUAGCUGCCUUGAAAGAAGAAGAAAACGACGAUGACUCUUCGAACGGAUUUGAUGCCCUGAGUGAUCGUAUUCAAUGUGGCAUGGAAGAACAACAACAUGUAGUAACGGAAUCUGGACAAAAUGCUGUGCAAGAAACUGAAUACAUUCAAUACACUAUUAUUCAGGCGUCCGAGGGUAACUCAGAUGCAUAUACAUAUGGAACACCCGUUUCGUUGAUUCCAUUGGGAGAGGACCAGUUUGUGCUUUUAGCUAUGGGCGACAAAAAUGGUGUUGAUUUUCAAUCAAAAUCUGGAAUAACGGACGCAGAGACGCAAGUUAUACAUGUUAUGUCUGACGGUACUAUAUAUACACAAUAAAACCAAAUAUAUACAAAGACAUAUACGCAUGGCUGUAAAACUAAUAAAGAACUUAUGCUUAAGCAAAACUGCGCAUGAACUAUGACCAUGCUUUUAUUUGAUAAUUGAAACAUGUGCAGUGCUUUACUAUCAUUGAACGAGAACUUGAUGUAAAACAGCAAAUUAAAGAACAUAUUUUAAUAUACUUUGACAAAUUAAAAAAACAUUACACAAAAUGUGGUUUGUAUAACCGGUUUUAGUAUGAUUUAAAAGCUUUCUAAAAUCGUGCAUUUCAAUAUAUUCUUUUCAGAAACCUAAGUCCAUUUUUGAAUAAGGCGAAUUUGCAAAGCAAGCAGUACUUUUCGCUUAAUUGUUUUUUGUUUUAAAUUAAGACAGAGUUUGACUUGUUAAGAGCAUAGCUCAUCCAGCUUACAAACCUGAGGUGAUAUGGCAUAUGGAACUGAGAACCAAAUAAAAAAUGCCAUUUGUGUUUCACAAAAAAUGUAUAACCCAAUCAUAAUUGAAACUUUAUCAAUUAAAAUUAUGGUAUAUUAAUUUUCAUUAAUGCAAGUUCCCGAGAAGUGUUACCUCAAGCGAGCCUUUGAUAAAUGAGAGACAUACCUGUCUGCAACAGACUAUGACAUUUGCGAAAUGCACUGAAAUCUUAUAAUAAUGUAUACAUGGUGGUUAUUUCCAUAAAAUACAAUAAAGAUUUUGUGAAAGAAAA